AAAAUUCGAUUACACUUGCACACUAUAAAACUGCGAGUGGAAGUUGCCGUUGACUCACUCACUCACACACACACACUAGACGCAGCUUCAACAACACUUUGAGAUGCAGCACCAGCAAGUAGAAGAGCACCUCGACGUGCUCACCAAAACCGGUCACAAAACCGGCGUUUCCAAGCCCAGGGGAGACGUGCAUCGCGACGGCGAUUACCACCGCGCCGUUCACGUGUGGAUUUUCGCGGAGAGGACGCAGGAGUUUCUCCUCCAACGGCGCGCAUCGUGCAAGGACUCGUGGCCUGAUCUUUGGGAUAUCUCCAGCGCCGGCCACAUCUCCGCCGGCGACUCAUCGCUUACCUCUGCUAGGAGGGAGCUUGAAGAAGAGUUGGGUGUGACCCUUCGCAAGGAUGCAUUCGAAUUGAUAUUUGUUUUCCUCCAAGAGUGUGUCAUAAAUGAUGGAAAAUACAUAAACAACGAAUAUAAUGAUGUGUAUCUGGUAACAACUCUUGAUCGAAUACCGCUGGAAGCUUUUGCACUUCAGGAAACAGAGGUCUCUGCUGUUAAAUAUAUCUCUUAUGAAGAAUAUAAAAGGUUACUGGCCAACGAAGAUUCAGAUUAUGUCCCUUAUGAUGUUAAUGGAGAAUAUGGUCAACUCUUUGAUAUAAUCGAAAAGAGGUACAAGGAAAAUACUGUUGCACGCAGUUUGACUCUACAGAAGCAAAUCAGUCGUUAUGCUCCAAUUUCCCUUAGUGCAGAGUUGACAGGGCUUACAGAUUCAGACAAAGAGGCUCUUGGUUUUGUUGUCAGGGCUGCAACUAUUAUGGAUGAAAUUUUUCAUCUGCAGUCAUGGUACAGUAAUCCAAUUCUUAGAGAUUGGUUGAAGGAGCAUGCUAAUACAUCGGAGUUGAAUAGGUUGAAAUGGUCCUAUUAUCAAAUUAACAAGAGCCCGUGGUCCUGCCUUGAUGAAGAUGAGGCAUUUUUGACGACUGCAGAUUCGCUUAACGCCAUUCGAAAGCUAAUAUCCAAGGCUACAAAUUUUAUGAAGACCGCAAGACCAAAUUCGGUCAUCUACUCUUACCGCUUCAGCGCUCAAAUCAACACUCUAGCGCUGGAUUUCUGCCAACUCAAUUUUGUUCCCACGGCUACAAUAGUGGAUCUCUACCAUCCCCUCUUUUCCAUGCUUCUGGAGCAAAAUCUCCCAAUGGACAGUGCAUACAAAUCAAAAGAUGUGAAUGCAGCACCUAUCCGUGUUAUCCAGCUUCUAUAUAAUGCAGGGGAUGUCAAGGGACCACAAACUCUUGCUUUCAAUCUACCAAAUGAUGAACGUAUUGUACAAGACCGGGGAUCCUCAAUGGUCAUGCUUAAAAAUGUUUCAGAGGCUAAGUUCAAGCAUAUUCUUAUUCCUAUAGCUGCUGCCUGUGUUGCAAAGGAGCAACAAGAACAUGUAGAUUUUGAAUCGUUCUUCACUCAUACAAUUUGCCAUGAAUGUUGCCAUGGAAUUGGACCACAUACAAUAACACUUCCAAAUGGCCAAAAGUCUACGGUCAGAUUGGAAUUACAAGAGUUUUACUCAGCUCUGGAAGAAGCAAAAGCUGAUAUAGUUGGCCUUUGGGCAUUGAGGUUCUUAAUCUCCCAGGAUUUGCUUUCUGAAUGUUUAUUGAAGUCCAUGUAUGUUUCGUUUCUUGCUGGAUGCUUCCGGUCUGUACGCUUUGGUUUAAAGGAAGCUCAUGGAAAAGGACAAGCAUUGCAGUUCAACUGGUUAUAUGAGAAAGGUGCCUUUGUCUGGCAUUCUGAAGGCACAAUUUCUGUUGAUUUUACCAAGAUUGAAGGAGCAGUUGAAAGCCUGAGUAGGGAAAUACUCACCAUUCAAGCCAAAGGUGAUAAAGAGGCUGCUGGCAUAAAAUAAUCGACUUCAUCGAAAUACUGUGUAAUGACAGAACCACUGAAAGUUGCUCUCAAAAAGUUGGAAAAUAUUCAGGUACCUGUUGAUGUAACUCCGACGUUUCCCAUUGCCAACAAAAUAUUGCAAUGAAGGCAAGAGGACCAAUGUGCAAAAAUUUCCAUGCUGUGUCAUCUUUGCGUCAGCCAGGAAAAAUUUAUUCAAUUGAUAUGCUUCUCUUUGCAAGUUGUUACUAUGAAAUAAUGAAAUAUUUGGGAUGUAGCUGUUUUCCCUUGAUUGAUUCGAAAGGAAAGCGAUCACUGUCUUGUAAACGGUGUUUUCAGUCUUGUCUUAAUUAUAAGGUUAUUAUGCUAAUAAUGAAUGGCCCAAUUGAUAUUGAAUCGUAUCAAUGGUGAAGUUUUGAUUCCAUUCUUA